UGAAGAACCGUGGUAGUGAGAGGAUGUGGGGGGCAGACACCGUCCCUUCUCCACGUCGCUUCCGUAGGAGUGUCCUGCCAGGUAGAAGGCCAUCCCAGAAGGCCAUCCCAGAAGGCCAUCCCAGAGGACACAGACCCCGAGACGCCUGGCACUGACGGGUGGACUGAAGGCUCACGCAGUCAAAUCCAGCGAAUGCAUCUGAGUGAUCAGUCGACCUGGGCAGUGCGGAGAACCUCUGUGAGGGUGGUCUGGGUUGAAGCCUGACCGAUUAGGGUCGAGAUGGUCGUCUGAAGAGAUAUGACAGGAGGGCUGGUCAGAGACAGCACGCUCAAGCAUUUUGGAAUGUGUCUAUUAACCGACACAGUGGCAAGGUGUGAAAGGGGCAAAAGCUAGCAAUGACGGCGCAGUUUAGCAUCGAUGACGCGUUUGUGCUGGAGGGAGAGGACGAAGGUGUGUCCGAUGAAGAGAAGGAAAGCUGGAAGGCGAGAGAGAAAGACCGAGAGGGGGGAGAGAUGACUUUCGGCACACUGUCCUUUGCCAAACCCCAGAGUCACCUGUCCUCGGCUGCUGCUGGCUCCCCCGACCACACCAGCAGUCUGAAGUAUCAGAAUCUGGAGAAUGAAGACGUCUUAGGCAGCAGUGGCAACUCCUCUUUCAAUAACUUCUUCAAAAUCAGCGAUCCGGCUACUUUAUCUUACUGCAGCUCCCAGUGGUCCUUUAGCACCUUGAGUUCGGUCACCCAGCUGUCUGCACAUUGCUGCGGGUGGACCUCUCACCCUCUGGUGAAGAAGAACAGAAGAGUUGUUCUCGCUUCGUUUCUUCUCCUCAUCACUGGAGUCGCACUCAUUUUCACAGGUGUCAUAGUGCAGCUGAAUCCAAAUGCAGGUGUCUCGAGUGCAAUUUUCUUCAUUCCUGGAUUUCUUCUCUUCAUUCCUGGGGUUUACCACGUGAUCUACAUCAGCUGUGCUGUUCGGGGAAGAAGAGGCUUUAAGUUUUUCUACCUGCCUUAUUUUGAAAAAUGACCAAUCACACUACACCGCCUUUUUCCCACUGAUUUCAGUUAUAAUACUUUUGUCAUUUAUGUUACAGAAAGAUGUUGUCCCAUGGACAGUUCCGUUCUUUUUACAACCGUUUUAAACUGCCUUUAUAUUAACCACUACUACUAAUUUUAACUCAACCACUUUGUGCCUCGUUAAGUUUCUGUACAUAAUGUAUGGAUGAAAAGUCGUCUGAUUUUCCCCUGUCAGUGUUUGUGAGUGAAUAAUGACUGUGAACUAUAAUAAACAUUUUUUUUGUAUAUUA